CCCAGCCCACAGGACAACUACAAACGCAAACGCACUGUGUGCUGCUGCCUGCUGCUCCGUGCUGUGCCGUGGUGUCCUCCUCUCACCUGCUCCAACCAAGCACCGCCGUCCCAGCGUCCCUCACCGGCCAUCCAGCCAGCCGCCGCACGGCCCGUCGACCCCACCGCAGGGCUCCCUCCCGCGCUGUCCUCUCCAGUCUCCAGCGAUGAAGCGCCUGCUGCGGCGCCUCUCCCGCGUGGCCGCGGCCGACGCCUGCGCCUGCGCCGCCGCCGCGGCGUACCAGCCGCUCCGGCCGGGCGCCAAGGCGGCCGCGCUCUCCGGCGCGCGGCGGCUGGGCGGCGGCGCGCGCGCGCCGGGUGGCCACGUGCCCGUCUGCGUCGGCGAGGAGGGCGGGCCCCUGGAGCGGUACGCCGUGCGCGCCGAGCUCCUCGCCCGCCCCGCCUUCGCCGCGCUGCUCCGCCGCGCCGCGCAGGAGUACGGCUACGCCCGCCCCGGCGCGCUCCGCAUCCCCUGCCCCGUCGCCGACUUCCGCGACCUCCUCGUCCAGCUCUCCUCCACCUCCGCGGACCAGCCCGACGACGACGCGGCGCUCUGCUGCCACUACUGCUAGGCGAUUCUCUGGCGCCACCGCUCUCAUUCCACCCAUCCAAUCCGGCGGAAAGGACAAAAAAAAAAGAAAGAAAGAAAGAAACAUUCGCCGCAGUUGCCGCGGAGGGCGUAAUUGCGAUUUGCCCUUGCCCCCUCGGUGACUGCAGCGCCAAGUGCUGCUUUGCUUGUACAUACGGGAGGGUUAGUUAAGUUAACUGUGCCGUGGAUCCUUGGAUGGAUGUGGGCACGGCAGGGAUUUUCUCCUGCAGCUCAACAACAGUUUUUUGCGCCUGCUGUCUGUCUGAUA